AUGGCUGUGCCUGAGAGCUUGGGGAUCGACGAGCGUACGUCACUGGCCGCUCGACGGGCAAGAACCACCGAGACACACUUGACCUCGCUUUUGACUUUGGGCACGCUCGCAUUACCGACUAGCAACUACCCGCUUGAUCAGAAGGUGUCGCAUGCUGAAUUCAAUAAAAUCGGCUUCAUUUCGACCAAUCUGCGCGCGAGAGUUCAGAUAAGCUCACCGAAGAUCCCCCAUACAGCACCACCUCUGCGCCAGGGUGUAGCCCACUUCGAAACUUGGAAUCGCAAAUCCCUCAAAGGCCUCACCACUUCACGCGCCCAACAACUUAGACUUGCGCAGAGAAGAGCAAGAAACUGGAACGAGAUCAGCCUCUACUAG